AUGCCUACACAAUACAACGUUACUCUCAAGCCCGAGGCUUCCCCCGAGGACUUCGAGCAGGCAAAGAAGGACGUCGAGGCCAAGGGCGGCAAGAUCACCCACGAGUUCAAGCUCAUCAAGGGCUUCACCGCAGAGCUUCCUGACGACCUCGUCUCCACUUUCGAGUCUAACGACAAGAUCACCGUCGAGAAGGACUCCGAGGUCACCACCCAGUAG